AUGUCGAGCUUAUCCAUUGAUCAACAAGCUCGUGCCGCUGAAGCAUACAUCCUGCAAGAGCUUAGGAAGACCGAAGAUGGAAUAUCUGUGCUAAAGGACAAGGAAUUCCAAACAAGGUUGGACACCAACUUCAUCACCAUAUUCGCCAUCUUCGCCGAACUAUAUGGCUACAGACACGACUGCCUCGACCAGCUGGUCGACCUGAUAUUGAUGUGCGGGAAGAGUUGGCAAGCUAGAGAUUCAGAGCUACGAAUAAUCGACAGGCAGAGAGAGCUCGAUCCAGAGUGGUACAUGUCCAAUCAGAUGCUGGGAGGUGUCUGCUAUGUCGAUAGAUAUGCGAAGAAUCUACAAGGUAUCAAGGACAAAAUUCCAUACUUUAAAGAGCUGGGUCUAACAUAUUUACAUCUAAUGCCCUUGUUUCUGUCUCCGAAACCUCUCAAUGAUGGUGGCUAUGCUGUCUCCAGCUAUCGCGAGGUUGAUCCUGAUUUGGGUACUAUGGACGACUUGAGAGAAGUGGCAGCAGAGCUGCGCAAAGCAGGUAUAAGCCUCGUCAUUGACUUGGUCUUCAACCAUACAUCGAGUGAACACCAAUGGGCUCGGAAAGCUGUGGCAGGAGACUCAGAGCAUUCAGGCAUGUACUGGAUCUUCCCUGAUCGCAACGUCCCGUCUGCGUUCGAGCGCAGCACUCGUGAGAUCUUUCCAGAUGACCACCCAGGCUCGUUCAUACAACUACCAGAUGGUCGUUAUGUUUGGUCUACCUUCUAUCACUUCCAGUGGGACCUGAACUAUUCCAACCCAGCUGUAUUCCGUGCAAUGGCUGCAGAAAUGCUCUACCUUGCCAACAUAGGAGUAGACUUCUUUCGUAUGGACGCAGUGGCAUUCAUGUGGAAGCGCAUGAACACGGACUGUGAGAACCUUCCCGAAGUACACAAACUCCUUCGUGCAUUCAAUGCAUUAUGCCGUAUCGCAGCCCCUUCUGUCCUUUUCAAAUCCGAAGCUAUCGUUCAUCCAGAUCAUGUCAUCUCCUACAUCGACCGCUACGAGUGCCAACUCUCCUAUAAUCCACUGCAAAUGGCCCUGAGCUGGGAAGCACUAGCGACACGCGAUGCCAGUAUGCUUGCUCAGGCCAUUGAAAGAAGACACAAUAUCCCACGAGGUUGCGCAUGGGUCAAUUACGUCCGCUCCCACGAUGAUAUAGGAUGGACCUUCAGUGACGAGGACGCUCUCGAACUUGGAAAGCACGGUCUCAACCACCGCAAGUUUCUCAAUGCCUUCUUCGUGAACCGUCAUCCAGGCUCCUUCGCCAGAGGCGUCCCCUUUCAGGAUAACCCACGUACUGGGGACUGUCGAAUAUCUGGUACCACCGCUUCCCUUGCUGGCCUCGAAUCAGGUAACGAAGGUGCACUAGACCGUAUAUUACUCAGCUUCAGCAUUGCCAUGUCUACUGGUGGCAUACCGUUGAUCUAUCUUGGCGAUGAGGUCGGCCAACUAAACGAUUACAGCUACCUCAAUGAUACCUCGAAAAUGGACGAUAGCCGAUGGGUCAAUCGCCCCUUCUACCCCGAAUCGAAUUACGCUCAACGACACGACCCAGACACAUUACCAGGCAAAGUCUUCGCAGGAAUCAAACGCCUAAUUCACUUACGCAAAACCACAGACGAACUCAGUGGAGGACGCGCGAUAGGCUUCUUCACUGGCAACCCAGCCAUCCUAGGCUACCAGAGGCCAGGCUCAGGCGGAGCAGCCAUAGCAGCAAACGGCCGCCGAUCAAGCUUGACAGGUGGUCAGACAGGAGGUCUCAUGAACAGCAUGGUUCUCUGCCUAUGCAAUUUCAGUGACGAGUUUGAAUGGAUUGGAAGAGAUAGGUUCUUGGGUAUGCCUGAGAGUGUGGUUGACCUUAUCACAGGGUAUGAGAUUAACCUACACCACGCAGGAAUACACAUGAAGCCGCAUCAAUACAUCUGGCUGAAAUGGACGUGGUGA